AACCGUGUCAGCCUCCAGCAGGCCAAUUUGUCCUCAUAUUACACACUCUGCUGGCUCUGUUGCCAGACCCCCAGCUCGAGGAUCCAUGGUGCGCGUCCCCCAACCCGCCGAGGGUUGACACAGCACAGUUACUAAGUCAACAGAAUUCAGAAACCACGACCGGAUUAAGCAGGCGGUUUUAUUUUGGUGCCCUGGACUUCAAGCAGAUUAACUAAUCAAAAAGCCCGAGCCACCGGGGUCAUGUCUGAAUGCUACAGCUGUUCGCCGAGUUGACAAACGUCCUCUCUGUGGCUCGUCAUCUGAAUGGGACAGGCAGGGAUGAUCUUGGGGAGGUCGACACUUGCAGAAAGAAGAGGGGCGCAGUCCAAAGACCCCGUAAUGGAAAACAAUCCCAGCCAGAUGGAGACGGGGAGAGGACUGCUUGAAUAAGGGGCUCCUGAAAGCCACCACUGUUUCUGCAUUGAAGAAAGCACAAGCAGGCAGCAGGAAAAGCGGAUGAAAAGCUGGGCUGCAAGUUGGCCAUGCUCUCGGCAUGUUGAUCUGCUAAUUAAUAGAAGGGCUCUGGGUUCAACACGGAUGCCUGUCGUCAUGAAAGGUGAGCUGCUCCUGCUCUCCAGUGUGGUUUUCCUGCUCAGGGUGGCUUGCGGCUGCCCUGAGGAGUGCCGUUGUCAAGCGUCCUUGAAUUCUGUAGACUGCAGCCGCCAGGGUCUGGCUGAAAUCCCUCCCGAUCUGCCUCCUCAGACUCUAACGCUGCAUUUACAAGAUAACCAGAUUCACCAGCUCUCUGCUUCUGCAUUUAGGUCAGUGCCACAGCUCACAACCUUGAACUUGGGCAACAAUUCACUUUCCAUCCUGGCCCCCGGAGCUUUCCAUGGACUUCAGCACUUGCGGGUCUUAAACCUGACCCAGAACUCCCUACAUUCCUUGGAAAGUGGACUUUUCCAUUCCCUCCCUCAGCUGAGGGAGCUUGAUGUGUCCUCCAACAACAUCAGCCACCUUCCAGCCUCCUUGGGUGAGCGCUGGGAGAACCUAACCCUGUUUGCGGUCCAACAAAACCAGCUUCAGCAGCUGGAUCGGGUGCUCCUAGAAUCCAUGUCCAGCGUGAAGCGCCUCUUUCUCAAGGACAACCUCUGGAAAUGCAACUGCCACUUGCUGGGUCUCAAACUCUGGCUGGAGAAAUUUAUCUAUAAAGGGGGAGUCAUGGACAGUGUCGUCUGUGCAUCUCCAGACACCUGGAAGGGAAAGGACCUCCUUAAAAUACCUCACGAGCUGUACCAGCCCUGCCUUUUGCCCUCUCCAGAUCUGGAGUCCUGGCAGGGGCAGCUGCUGGGUCCUGCCCAGGGGGCUGUCCUGAGGCCUCCUGAGAGCCACAGUGUGGAGGAGCAAGACCAGUCAGAGUGUGAGCUCAAACCCAAGCCCAGGCCCACCAAUCUGCGUCGCGCCUUGGUCACUGUCAUCAUCGCCGGGGUUUUGUCCGGGAUCCUGUGUCUCAUGAUGCUGGUGGCCACCAUCUAUGGCUGCACCUAUGCAGCUAUUACAGCCCAUUGCCGGGAGGCACCCUUGGCUCAAACCCUUGAGCCUGCGAAGACGGAAGGAAAAGAGCUGCUUGACAGCCCACCAGCUUGAGCGCUUUCGUCUCAAAUAGGAAUAAUCACUUUAGGCCAGAAGAUAGUCUCUGAGGAGGGCUGGUAUGUCCACUGUUCCUGCUUCAUUUUGCUCUUUCCAAAAGAAAACAGAAAGGAUGUGUCUUUAAAAAAUAUUUCGGAGAAGAAAUUUAUGUUGAGAUUAAAAAAAAAUACAGUAGGUGAACUAGAAAUGAUACUUGUGUUCUGUGCCUGAGAAGUUUAGGAGACUUAUUCUAUGUGGGAGAAGGCCGGGCACAAGGGAGGGGAGCUACCAUCUCUUUAAGGUCCUCUUCCCUGCAGGAAGUUGCUUUUACAGAGCACAGAAACGCAAGCACGUGUGCCAUCAGCAUUCCUAGGAGUUUUACAGUCCAUUGGAAAAGUGCCCGAUUGUGAGCGCCUGGGAAGAGGCUGGUGAUCUUACCCAAGGGGCACCAAAUGCCUCUAUAAUUCAAGUUCAUGCUAGAUUGGUGAUACUUUUAGAUGUUGUGUAUGUUACAUAUUUAAUGGGAGCGUCUGUUGGUCGGGAAUGUUGUAGCCUGCCACAAGAGUCAGAUUAUAUUUAAUUUUCUAAAUUAGAAAACCAUUUGGGGCUUUCUAGGCCACAGAGGAAGAAGAGGGUCUCAUGUCUGCGUUAUGGGACUCGGGCCCAGGGCCUGGGGAAGGUUUUAGAUGCGAGGGUAAAUAACAUAUAAACAAACACAAAGAAGACGGGGAGCCGGAAUCCGGGGCACAUCUCAUUGGAAGGCCAUAUCCACCAGGCGAGGGGAACCUUCCAUUUGUAACUCACAGCAGGAAUGAAUUUAGGGUGGGCUGAGAGCGAGGGAAGGGCUUGUGUGUAUCUGCAUCCACACCAGAGCGCACAAGUGCGCAGACUUGGACAGCCACACCCACGCGUAAACACACGCGGAGCAAUCAGUUUACCCACUAAUGAAACGCAGCCGUGGUCGGGUGGGAGCCAGCAGCUAUUGACCACCACCCAGACUGUCUACUCAACACUCUGGGAGAGGAAGGAAGAAGGAAGUCUGAAGUGAGUGGGAAUUACCAAGAGACUGGAGAUAUGUGGCAGCAGCCACCCUGAACAGCAUGUAGGCCGUGGUUUAAAACAAUCAGGUGGGGCUUGCUUUACUGCACAGACACGGUCCUGAAGAGUUGCAUGCAAAGUGAAUUUCUGUAAAUUGAAUCAUCAUUUUAAUGCAGUAGGGGAGCUCGCUAUUUAAAGGAACCUUUCAUGGAAUCUUACUGUAAUGACAAUAAUGAGCUCCAGAUUUAUGCAUUUUGUAAAUUUGCAUUUUCUCAUGCCAGGUUUUCUUAAAGUGGAAUCUACCUGCUCUCUCUCACGAUGGCCCGUCUCAUACUUAGUCACCUGUUAGUAUUAAAAAAAAAUCACUUUAAACAGAAGAGUGAAAGACACAUCAAAAGCACACAAUAGCAACUAGAGAGCAAGCUAUCCCUCCAGAGACCUUGACAGACAUUGCUAAUCAAUCCCAGCACUCUUCCCAGCUGAGCCUCCAUGCACCACAGAUGCCUUCUUAAGACAGCACUGUAGGCAACCAGAACUAAUCAAUUGAAGUUGGUUCAAAGGAUAAAAUACAUUUGCCAUUCAGGGUACUGGCUCUACAUUCACUCCUUCAGGCCAUGGAAAAAUUGUUUUCAGUCCUAAAUCAGUAGUCCAUUCCCUGACCUGAAAUGUGAAUGGGAGGUCUGAACAUGCAGGAGUGGUGACUUGUCUGAUGUGGCCAGAGCUCUACCCAGCAGUGUAAGGAGCUGAGGAAAGCAGACGAUGAACCUACCACAGCCUACCCUGCAGGACACACACCAACCUGCCCCUAAUCAUCACAGAGGCCGUCUACCUACCCCUGCCCGCAGUGCUUCACAGCUAGUGUGGGCUUCACGCACACCCACAAGCUAAUGAUGGACCAUCUUUUCGAAGCAGCAAUUUUGCCAAAUGAUUUUUCUGGGGGAAAAGUAUAAACUUUGAUGUUAAUUUUCCUGAAUAUUAAAAUAAACCUGGAUAUGUUAAAGAGUGGAUUGAAAAAUUAGCAAGGAUUUUACGAUCAAAAAGUGAAAGCCCAGAGAAAGCCAGCUGUUACCCUAGUCCUGGUGCCUCCUUCCGGCUCUGUUGGCAAGGCUGAGCAUCCGGUUCAAGGAUGUAGUGAAAAAAAAUCUUCCUUUCUCUUGCCCUGGACUGCAAGUCCUUGGACAAGAAAGCAACAUGAGAAAGGAAAUUUAGAUGAUCCUUUUCCAUGUCGUUCCCAUUUCACCGAAUGUUUCCAGGGCUUGCACUAUGUACCGGGCAUAGUGCGAGGCGUUCUCGCGAGCAUCUGUCAUGUCAUCCUGGCAACCACCCUCGGAGAUCCUUGAACAGAUAUUACAUAAGCUGGGAUCUACUGAGGCCAAUAAUCCAUUUCCUCUCACUGCGGUGAUUUCAGACUGUCAGCGCCCAGGGCUCUGCCAGAGGUUUGGUGAUACUGCAGCAGCCCUGUCCCCUGUCCACAGCGAUCGCAUGGAAAGCAUCCAAUACACCACAGAAAACCCUGAACGUGCCUAGAACCCUCACUCGUCAACACUCAUGUCCUAUUAGAUUUCUAAGUACAGAUGAUAACUCAGGCAAACAGAUCGCUGCUUUAUAAACAGUCUUUAAGAAAAAUGAUUAAAAUGGUGCAUACGUAUAGUCAGAUUUCUAUCUCUUGCCUACAAUCACCACAAACGGCAGUUGGCAAUGAAAAUAAUUACUUACCCUGAAAUGUCAACAGCUUCUCAGCACAGAAAAAUAUAAAUCAAAUUGUUUAGAUUAACAAAUGCAGAGUUAUCAUUUGUUAAUAUGAGAAAUGAAAUGUUUUAACCGUAAAAAACAUCACAGAUGAAAGACCCAAUUUGCAGGGUAUUCUGCGAGAACCACAAAUUAUCUUUUGCAACCACUACAGCGCAUGAGGGGUAAUUUGCAAACGCCUCACAGAUUACUUUCAGCUGUCUAUUGCCGCUGUCUUGUCAUAUUCAUAGAUUCCCCUAUAAAGAUGGCCUUCCAUCAAGAGUCUUGCUGAGGGUACACUGUGAACAAAAAGCACGUUGAGUGUUGAUUGUUUCUGAGAAAACCAUCUACAAUAUAAUUUUUUUCAGCAUAUUUAGUGAAACAGUAUGAUUAUAGACUGGUGAUUUUUGCUUUGCCAGAAAUCACAGAUUCAUAAGAGCAGGACCCAAAGAUGCUUGUAGCUCUCUGAAGUGAGGCCAACAGGAGGGAUUAUGAAGAAUGCACCCUGUCAUAGAGAUUAUGGAGAAAGGAGACCAAGUAUCACCUCUAUACCAGAAAGGCUUUCAAAAUUAAGGCAAAGGUCCCUGUCCCUGCAGGCAGAAUCUUGUGCUUGCAAUGAUAAAAUGCCAGUGGACAAAUGGAGGGUUUCUCUUUCCUUAUAAAAAUGGAAGACUGAAAAGUGAUGCACAGCAUCUCCUAAAGAUUCAUGAAGAUCAAAUCUCAUUACUUGAGUUAACCAAGUUACCCCAGAAAUAAGACACUCUUAUCUUAAAUCCUAAAUAUCAAAGGAAUUGGCUAAAUCCAUAUAAAAUAAUUAAUCUGGAGCACAUAUUAAUACAAUUAUACAAUGGUUAGAAAGCUAUAACAUUGUGUUGUAUAUCAGGAAAUAAAUGUUUCCAGUCUGGUCAAACCCACCAGUGUGUCCAUUGCUUAUGCGAUUAGACAGAAACCUACCAGCAAAUGAUAUUCCAACCCUACAUGGCACAACUGGGUUGUGAUGUGCAACUUCACGGAACUAGCCUAUUUGCCCUUCUGAUGAAAGUGCUUUUUUUUUUAAAUGCACAAAUUGCAUUGAGAUCUCAAAGAAACCCCCAUCCCAUUCAAAGAAGCAGCUUCAUGAAUCCACCAGUCUCCUUCAGUAUCCAUUCCUACUCUUCACUCUGACAACACUGAAUAUUCAUUUCUAUGAAUAAGAUAUCACCCAAUUAUAAAGCCCCUUAAAGCAGACCCAGGAAAAAACCCCAGAGGAUUGGGAAUUAGGAAGGUCUGUUGAAAGCAUUUAGUCUACAUCUGGCAAAUUUCGGGAUAGCUGUGACUAACUUCCCUACCCAUUUCAGACAUUGCUAGUAGAUGAUAGAAAACAUAUCUACUGAACCCAGCCAAGGCCUCAGAAUCCUUUUAAAACUGUUUUAUAGGUACCCUCUACUGAUUAAUUGAAGUCGUCAUAUCAGAUUAAACCUACUUGCUACCCCCAUGUUCUUAUUUUAUAAACUAGAGGCCUGGUACACAAAAUUUGUGCAUGAGUAAAUUCCUUGGCCUGGCCAGUGAUCAGAGCCGAUCUGUGAGGUGACCGGCAGGGCCAUCAGGGGUCCCCACUGGCACCCAUCUUGGUUGGCCUGGUGCUGCCUGCUUGCUGGCUCUGUCCCCCACCGCUGCUGCCAGUCACCUCUCACUGUGGGGCAACCAGCUGGGUGACUGGAGGUGGGGAGCCUCCACUGGCACCCACCUUGGCUGGCCUGGGGCCUGCCGGCUGGGGACAGUGCCUGCGUUGAGCAUCUGCCCCCUGGUGGUCAGUGUGCAUCAUAGUGACCGGUCGUUCUGCCAUUCAGUUGAUUUGCAUAUUAGGCUUUUAUUAUAUAGGAUAGGAAAUAGAAGCAUGGAAAAGGAAAGGAACUUUCCCAAAGCCACACAGAUAAUUAAUUACAGGCCUGGUAAAUGCAGUUACAGGAGCAUGGAGUUAGUAUGGAUGAUUCAACUCAGUCCCUGCCAUUUCUUAUUCAUUCUGUGUGAACCACAGUGUCAAGACUAUGACAUUAUUCUAUUAAUUGUUUGGAUGAAGACAAUUAUGGUACCACCAUAAAAAUUUACUGAGCACACAAUUUUGUGCCAGUUGGUUUCCAAGUGUAUUACUGUUAUUUUCUCUAAGCCUCAUAUUGACCAAAACAUGCAGGCAUUUUGUUGCCACAUAAUAGAUGAAGAAACACAAUCAUUGGGUUUGGGUCACUUGCUCAAGGCCCCCAUAAGUAAUAAGUAGUAGAGCAGGCAUUUGGAUGCAGAUCUUUCUAAGGCCAAACUUUCUGGGCACUUUUUGGAAUGUGACAAGUUUGAAGAAGUCAGAGCUGGAAUCCUUCCCUGGCACUGCCAGCUCUUAAAACAUGGCAGGGAAAAGAAACCCAACCACCAACCAGCAUGUCCCUGCCAGAGCUCUGGUUCCACCAACACCCAGAAAGCCAGCCUAAGAAGCCAAGGCAAAAUGGGAAAAUGAGGAUUUUUCUAGCACAUAGACUCUGCUGGGCUGAAAAAGAUGUUCUUAGAUGGAAGGGGAAGAAACUCAGUGGCACCAUCUUACAUUAUUUGAGAAAAUAAUAAAAUAGACACUGGCUGAUAAGUAGUGCUUCCCAUUGAAAUCUUCAUGAACACACAGAAGAAAAGUUGUGGUGUUACCUGAAAUUAGAAAUACUGGUCAAUGAUAUCCAAGUCCCCAGGAGGAAUGCCCACUAUGCAAAGCACAGAUGUGACCUUCCGACAGAUGAGUGGGAUGUAAAGGAAGAGAGUAAUAGUGUAAAGUCCUCAUCCUUUAUGCUGCUAUUCCUUCCUCUGAGACAUGGCUUCAAAACCAGAGGGAGACCAUUCCUCCUACAGGUAGAGCAUGAAAGGACAUUUAACUGCCACCACACCUGCCACCAAGAUUUUGCUGUCUUCAUCCACUAGAGAUUCAUGUCUCUACAAUGUAGCAUGUAAUCAUAUGAAAGAAAGAAGAGAGGAUAAUAAGAUACAUACAAACUAGGGACUAUAGUUUUUAUCUACAUUGCUUACAAGGAAUGAAAACUACAGACUACUUUGGUUUAUCUAGGUUAAAUAGGCCACCAAGCAACAAGUGGCAGCAUCCCUUAACAAUCCUGCAAUUCCACACUAAAUGGAAGACUUGUAGACACUGGGCAUUUGUCUAGGGCAGUGAUGGCGAACCUUUUGAGCUCGGCGUGUCAGCAUUUUGAAAAACCCUAACUUAACUCUGGUGCCAUGUCACAUAUAGGAAUUUUUUGAUAUUUGCAACCAUAGUAAAACAAAGAUUUAUAUUUUUUAUAUUUAUUUUAUGUAUUUAAAUGCCAUUUAACAAAGAAAAAUCAACCAAAAAAAUGAGUUCGCAUGUCACCUCUGACAUGCGUGUCAUAGGUUCGCCAUCACUGGUCUAGUGGCUGUGUAUAUCAAUUAGCCUUCCAUCUGAGUCUCCAAGGAGGGCUCUAAAGCCAACAAGAAGGACUCUUGAGGGAAAGCCAUUUACCCUGUUCAUUGGCAAACACCCAUAUUUUAAUGAUGGUUAAAAUUAAGAUACUUAAGGUACUGAAGUAUACUAAAAGAUACUUAAGAAAAAAUAAAGGAAGAAAGGCAACAUUGCCUUUAACAUUCAGAAGAAACAUGAAAGAUCUAUUUUAAAGUAUAUUACAAUGCAAAUUUUAAAGUGUCUGGUUGGAUUUGGUGUACAUUAUACUUACUCACAUUCUACUGACAAAAUCAUGUCAUAUGGCUAAGUUCAGAGGUGAUGAGGCACAGAGCAUACAGCUCAAGAAGGUACUGCAAGGGAUGGGGCAAUGGGCAAGUAUAUGCGACCCCCUACAGGGAAUGAAGGAAUAAAUAAUUUCAGACAACCAUAAAAUAAUAAUAAAUAGUAAAAUAACGAUGAAUAAUGAUAGUAAAUAAUGCACAUAUAUUUUACAAAAAUAAAUAAGUGAUAAAUGAUUAACAUAUGCCACAGUCAUCGUCAGAGGUACGAAAGAAACCCUGCAACAUAUUGAAUCAGUGAUGCAGAAAUACUAGUACAUACUGUGGAAUACUCACUCCCAGAAUACAGAAGAAAAGAAAGAGAUGAAAACAAAAGAUGAUAGAAAUGAAGGGGUAAUCAUAAAGAACCAAUAUAUGGAUAACUGGUUUUCUCAAUAAGCAGAUUAGAACAUGUGUAACAGAAGGAAAAAAAAAUUUGUAAAGGUAUUUUCAUGAGCUAAAGAAAAACUCAAGUUACAUAGAUCAAUAAAAGCUUCACAUAAGAAAGGCUAAUGAAAAAAUAUUAAAAGUUAGUCUAGGUCAGUGGUUCUCAACCUUCCUAAUGCCACGACACUUUAAUACAGUUCCUCAUGUUGUGGUGACCCCCAAUUUCAUUGUUACAAAUUGAACAUAAUUAAAGCAUCGUGAUUAUUCACAAAAACAAUAUGUAAUUAUAUAUGUGUUUUCCGAUGGUCUUAGGCGACCUCUGUGAAAGGGUCGUUCGACCCCCAGGUUGAGAACCGCUGGUCUAGGUUAUUGUGUGGCACUUGUAAGUCUCAAUCAGCCCAAAUCCGAGAAAAAGAAAUAAAUGAACCAAAUAGAUUCCGGUAAAAUUUUCAAAUUGAAAGAAGAAAUUAAAAACUCUAAAACCUAGGAACUAAACUAAUAGAAACAAAACAGGCACCAAACUGAGAUUGCAAUUCUCAGAUAUUCAAGGGCUCAGGAAGCACAAUAUCUACAUAUUGCUUUUGAAGAAAAAUAAAUCAAGAUAUACUUUAAUAAAUCAAGGAACAAAUUAUAGAAAUCAAGAGGAAAUGGUAGAGGAGGAAGAGAAUGAGAAGAACUUAAAAAUGUGGAAGUCAUGCCAUUAACAUGCCAGUGAUGAUCACAAAAAUCCAUUCAAGUCAGAGUGAAGUCUCAAUGGCUUUGCUUUUUGGCUACCAAACAAUGCAAAGUCAAUACUUUAACAAAUUUCAGAUCACCUGUUGCAAAACAGGCAAUUUUUUAGUACCAGUGAUGAAGAAGAGAACAAGAAAUAUAAAGUGUAUUCCCCAUGGAACUUAGCAUCUUGCAGAGCAAGAACUUUAAGAAAUUAAAAAUAUAUCAGAUGGUGAAAAAGCAGGUGUGAGGACAGUGAGUUCUGGAGAUAUGUGAAAGGAAAGGUUUCUACUUUAUUUAUGGAGAAAAAUAUUUGAGCAGAGACCUGGGGAAAAUGAUGAAACUAGUGAUGAAGAUAUCUAGAGGAAAAUUGUCCCAGGGAGAAGGCAUAGCAGGGGCAAAGGCCCUAAGAUAGAAGCAAGCUCAGUGUGUUGGAAAAGCUAUGGCUGCGGUUGAAUGGACAAAGGCAGAAGUGGAAGGAGCUGAGGGUAGUGAUGACAUUCAGUGAUUCCCAUUUCCUGGUAUCCAUGCCCUGGUUUAAUCACCUCUCCUUUUUUUUUCUUUUGCCAAAGAAAUAUAAAUGAAGCGAUUUGUGUCAUUUCAGGGUAGAAGCAUUUAAUUGCUUGAAUAAGGAGCCUGGAAUAUUGAGUUAACAUCUAUAGGUAUAGGAUAACUACCUAUGAGAGUCACCUAUACCUGCAACUUUGCUUUUUGAAAGCAAGAGAUAAGUUUUCGUUAUAUUAAGUUGCAGAUUUUAGCGAUCUUUGUUACUGCAUGCUAAGGUAUUCCAUCAUGAUUAAUACACCAUCUAGGUAACAUGAGGGAAAAAUGCCUCUACUCAUAAAAUUUUUUUCAUGGUCCAUUUCAUCAAUAAGUAUUUUGUUAUCAAAAUUAAAAUAAAAUACCUUUAUUGCAAGUGAA